CUUUUUUUAUUAAAUCUUAAAAAAUAUUCGAUUCCAAUUGUAAUGAAUUAAUUAAAAAUCUUAUCGUUUAUGGUGAAUUGUUAAAAAAGCGAAAAAAUGGCCUCUCAAAGUGAUUAUCUGCUCAACGAAACCGAAUUCCAUAAAUUGAAUGGUGAAAAGAAAAUUAUUUAUGUCUAUGAUUGGUUGCGACAUUUGUCGAAACUUUUACAUAAAGCCGAAAAGGAUGAUAUUAAAGAUAUUCAAAAGACUUUAGUCGAUCAACUGAUAAAACAAUUGUUUAGUCAAAAUGGCAAUCCAUCUCGACGAUUGAUUGCAAAAUGUUUGGCAAUGAUAUUCACUGUUGGUGAUACUUUUUUACUGUUUGAUACGGUCAAUAAAUUCAUCGAGACUCUAAAAAAUAAAGAUGAUUCUGCAGUAAUUUCCAAUUCAAAAUUAUCUUCAAUAAUUUGCAUAGGUAUUAUGUACGAAAAUCUUGGACGAUUGAUGGGUCGAACAUACGAAGAAACAGUUCAAUCGCUUUUGAAACUACUGAAAAAUGUUGAUUCUCAAACAAGAUUCGAAAUAUAUUCCACACUACGGAUGAUCAUUUCUGGAUUAGGUUCAGCUGGAAAUUCGAUACAUCGUGAUGUCUAUAAAAGCCUGAAACAUGGAAUGUUGGAUAGAUCCAUGUCAGUUCGAGCUAAUGCAGCUAGUUGCCUGCAGAAACUGAUCGAAGUAGCAUCAUUUUUGUAUACAACCGAAAUUGAAAAUGUUUUCUCGCUUUGUUUUCGUGCAUUGGAUGGAUCCAAUUAUGAGGUUCGUUUGGCUAUAGCUCAAACUCUUGGAACGGUUGUAGCGAUCACACAAACGCCUUCGAUUAGACAAAGUCUACAAUCACUUCAAAUAUCGGCUAAUUCGACAAAGGUGAAGAUUUUUACCCUUGAAGAAGUACUAAAUCUCCUGGCUUCGGGAUUUUUACGAGGUGGAAUUGGAUUCUUAAAAGCUGGCGAAAUGAUUAAAGGUAGUUCGACGGCCAAUCGUGAAAUCAGAAUCGGUGUCAUUCAUUCCUAUGUAGAUUUCGGUAAUCGUAUGGGCUAUGAAUGGAUCGAACGAAAUAGUCCGGUUUUAUUGAAUCAUUUCUUCGAAAUCCUAAGCAAUUCAAAAGCCGUCUCCACACAUUUAGAUGCUAUCCACAGUCGCAGAUGUAUAACAUUCAUUUUGAAAAUGAUCAUCAGUACAUACAUUACGGAAAAGGGGCAAUUUAUGGCAAUCAAAGAACUGGUGAAAAUAAUGUCACAAUAUUCACGUGUUGGACAUGUGAUGAGUACGAAUCCAAAAUCUCAAGAUUCAGCAAAUGCUGAAAUAGAAAAAAAUUCUGUUAUACGAAAUUCAAUUGAUUUACAAACCGCUCAACAUAUUCUGGUCGUUUGUCUGUUGGAAAUUGGUACAUUAAUCAAUCAAUUAGGUGCUUCAUGUUUGGCAAUAUUGAAUGAUACACAUUUAAGUUUGAUCGAUAAUGUCUGUUUUGUAAUCAAUCAUCCAGCGCAUAUUGUACGAUUAUCAGCAGCAUGGUGUCUACGAUGUAUAUGUUUAGCCGUAAAUAGUCAACUGACACCAUUGAUGGAACGUUCUCUAGAAAGGCUAGAAACAUUACGUACAAGUCCCGAAUCAAUAAAUGGUCAUUCAUAUGUUUUAUCCGCAUUGUUUGGAACAGUUCGUUAUACGCCGUUAGGCAUUCCACAAAACAAAACGAAAUUAGUAUUCAACAUUGCUGAAGAUUUAUUGCGAACAGCAUCACAAAAUAGUCGUCUUUCAAUGCCAAGAACACAAGCUGGUUGGCAACUAAUGGGCGCUGUAUUAUCAUUAGGUCCGGGUCAGAUUAAAAAUCUUCUUCCCCGUUUAUUAUUACUGUGGAAGAAUUCAUUUCCACGUAAUACAAAAGAAUUGGAUUCAGAAAAAGCACGUGGUGAUGCUUUCACUUGGCAGAUAACAUUGGAAAAUCGUGCCGGUGCAUUGGCUGCAAUGUCCAGUUUUUUAACUUAUUGUUCAAAAUUAGUAACCGAUGAAAUACGUCGACGAUUAUUCACACCAGUUGAAUCAGCUAUUGCAAUGCUUGUAUCAUUGAAUAGUCACUUUAAAACAUUAGGACCGGCAAUCAAAGGCAGCUAUACAAUGGUUCGAUUGCGGUUAUAUCAAGUCCUGUUGUGUUUACCACCACAACUUUAUGAAAAUUGUUUUGCAAAUCUUCUUCGUUUAUUGGUUUCCGAUUUAACUUUAACAGAGAAUGUUGUCAACACAUCAAGUUCAUUGAUUCGUCAUCUAAUUCAAACCAAUGCUGAUAUUAUACUUGGUUCAUGGAUUCAAGAUACUGAACAUAGUUUGGUAGAAGAUCAGAUGGAACCGAAUAGGAAAUUGGAAAAGGAUUCUAUUCAAAAUCAUUUAUCAUCGGGUGUCGGUUCAAUUGAAUAUGAUCCAACCAUAUUGUAUAAAUCGGCCAAUGAUCCAUUAUUGGUACCAGCAUCACCACCAUUGGCCGUUGCUGUUAUCAAUAAAUCGGCACAAGUCUUUGCCUUGGUUUUUCCUUAUGUGGCACAAAAACAUCGUGUUCAAAUGUUGAAUCAUUUUCAAGAAUGUUUGAAACAUGCUAAAUCCUCACGACAAGAAGCCAUUCAAAUCAACAUAUUAACGGCUAUGCUUGGCGCUUUAAGAACAUUGGUGGAGAAUAAAAUCAAUCUAGGAAUCGAUGAAGUUCGUAAACUAGUCGUUGCACAACUAUUUAAUGUAUUGGAUCAUCAGAACAUAUUGAUUCGUUAUGCAGCAGCCGAAAGUCUUGGACGUUGUGUACAAACGAUUAAUGAUGCAAAAUUUUUAUCAACUAUUACUCAACAAUGUUUCGAAAAAUUACGUACCGCACGUGAUGCAUUGACUAGAACGGGUUAUUCAUUAGCUAUUGGUUGUAUACAUCAUUAUGUCGUAGGAAUGGGUUCGGUUCCACAACUCAAGAAUAACAUUAGUCUUUUGUUGGCAUUGGCCGAAGAUCAUUCAUCACCAUCGGUCCAGUUAUGGGCAUUACAUGCACUGACAUUGAUUGUUGAAUCUGGUGGACCAAUGUUUCGACCAUAUGUUGAACCAACGUUAUCGCAAUGUUUAAAAAUUUUGAUGGCAUUAUCGCCAUCAUUGAUUGAUAUACAUCAAAGUAUUGCCAAAUGUCUUUCAGCUAUUAUUACAACGAUUGGACCGGAAUUUCAAACAUCAUCCACACAUUCAAUUAAUGAAAUUCGAUUGAUGAUAAUGAUUGCAUGUUCCAUACUACAAGAACAUGGUGAUUUCCUCAUCAAAAGUGAAACUAUCGCUUGUCUUCAACAGCUUCAUAUGUUUGAUCGAAAUUGUUAUGAAUUGAAUGAAUUGAUAUUCAUUCUAUGUGAUGGAUUUAUUAGUUCACGGUAUCUACUUCGUAAAGCAUCUAUUUGUUGUUUUCAACAGAUUGCACAGAAAGAUUCCAAAGCAUUGAUUGAAUAUGGAUCAGAAUGGGUCGCUCAAAAUAAAUCCCAACAAAAGAUUGGAAUCAUAUCAAAUUUUAAUCUUCGAGCUAAUCAUCAAUUUCCAGGCAUUCUAGUCGCAUUGCUUGAUUAUGAAACAAAUUCAUCAAAUAUGAAUAACAUUAAGAAAAUAUUGAAUUGUCUUGUACAACAUGUGGAUGAAAAAAAUCUCAAUCUAUGGAUUACAUUGUGUAAAGAAGUUUUAAGUGCAUCAGAUGCUGGCUCAUCCACCAUUGAUUCGAAUGAAAAUGACCAUGAUGCUGAUGAUGGUGAUUUUGAAGAAAGUGGUUUUAAAUCUAACCAUAAUGAUUCAUUGAAUGUUAAACUAACAUAUCGUUGGCAAACUCGAGUUUUUAUCAUGAAUAUUUUGUACAAGAUUAUUUCCACAUGUAGUCAAUCGCUGAAUGAUGCUGCGAUUCAUUUUGAUUUGAAUAUGGCAAGAGAAAAACGUCUCAAACAUCAGGAUCAAGAUUUUCUUUGUUUACAUUUACCGGAUUUAGUUCGAAUGUCAUUCAUUGGUGCUACAUCUGAUUGUGAUCAAUUACGUAUGGAAGGUUUGAAAACACUUGAAUUAGUUAUCGAUAAAUUCGCUCAUGUUCCAGAACCGGAAUUUGAAAAUCAUGUAAUUUUGGAGCAAUAUCAAGCACAGGUUGGUGCUGCAUUACGUCCAGCAUUCGCUGUGGAUACACCAUCACAUGUGACAGCUAUGGCAUGUCAAGUUUGUAGUGCUUGGAUCGGUAGCGGUGUUGCUCGUGAUCUGAAUGAUUUACGUCGUGUACAUCAACUUCUGGUUUCAUCAUUGGAAAAAUUGCAUAAACAUUCCAAUUCAAAAAUCUACAAUGAAAGUGCAUCAACAAUGGAAAAAUUGGCCAUAUUAAAAGCAUGGGCUGAAGUUUAUGUUGUAGCCAUGUUACGAAACAAACAACAACAACAAGAAGAAAUGAAAUCACCAUCUGUAACGAUUAAUAGUGAAAGUUUAUUAGAUCUUGUACAGCCACAAUUAUUAACAUUAUCGAAAUAUUGGAUUUUCGCGCUGAAAGAUCACGCAUUGCUUACAUUACCGGAUGAAUAUUAUAGUCAAAUACCGCCAGAUGGAAGUACAUUUUUCAAUCUUGAAACAAUCGAUAUUGUACGGCCAAUGUAUCGUGCAUCAUGGCCAUCAAUUUUAAAUGCUGCUGCAUUAUGGCUUUGUUGUUCGGAUAAAGGCUUUGAACAACUUGAAAAUGACACUUCAUUGAAUUUGACUAGAUUCGAACAGUUCUAUCUAUUAUUCGGUGUUUGUAUUGAAUCAUUAAGUAAUCCUAAAUCCACGGAACAAGUUGCUUAUGUUUCAACAUAUCUUGAUUCAUUGAAAGAAUUGAUUACACAUAAUGAAGUCACAGAAUCAAUAUUAUCGAAAGAUACGCAAUUAAUAUUGGAAUUAUCGCAAGUAUUACAUCGUCUUUUAUUGACGCACGAGGUUUCUGGUUGUCAAUUGGUAAUUACAGAAAUUAUCAAAUCAUUGAUCGAUAUACAAAUUCGAAUGAAACGUGAUGGAAAUGAAUCGAAUAAAUCCUUAUCAUCCGUAACCGGUAUUGAAGCACAUAAAUCAAUUGUUUAUUCAAUAUUGGAAAUAUGUUUAGCCAUUCUAGUACGACAAUUGCCACAACUUUGUCCCCAGUUGGCUAAAACGCCGGAAUUUUGUUUUGUUCGUAGUCAAAAAUCAACAAAUUAUUUUCAAUUAUUCAACAAUGACAAUGCUAGAAUUAUAGCGAAUGUAUUGCAAAUUCUAAGCGAUUUAUGUAAUGUUUGCCAACCAGUCGAUACUGUUGCAAUAUUACCAACGAUUCUUUAUCUAAUCAUUGGUGUAUUCUGUGAAUUAUCGGUCGUAUGUCAAACUGUUUAUGAUGAAAAAUUGUAUGAAAAACAACCGAUAAUUACUUUUCUCAAAUGUAUUAAGAAUUUAUGCACAUCACCAAUGUUGAUGGCUCAUAAUGAUAAUGAUGAGAUUCGUUUGAAGUGGAUUCAAUUAUUACAAACUGCUAUUGCACGUAUUUUGGAUCUUUCUAAAACAAGUGGUGGUAAUGAUGAUCAGAAACAGGAUUUCAUAUCCACAUUAUUAGCAAUUGGUGUAUUCAUUAUACAUUCACCGGAAGAGGUGCUGUCUCAUCCACAGAUACAAUAUCCAAUUAUAAAUUUAAUGACAAGAGCAUUGAAAUCAGAAAAUGAAUUGGUACAAUUGAAAUGUAUUGAAACAUUGAAAUCAGUGUUUACAAUGCAAAACAAUAAUCAAUCCAAUUUCUACAUUCAUAAUUUGGCCGCCGAAUUAAUUGAUGUUUACUAUUCAUUAACGGCAUCAUUUCGAAUGAAUCAAUCACUUUCAACUAAUCGUAUUACAUCAAUGAUUAAUAUUCUAGCCUGUUUAGAAAUUCUCGUAAGCAAAGCCAAUGAUGAAAAAAGAAUCAAUAUGCUAUACAUUUAUAUUCCAGCAUUGAUUUCAUUAUUGAAUGUUGAUCCACCAUCAUCAUCAACGGAACUUCAAACAAAUCCAAGACUUUUAAGUCAAUCACACGCACAGAAGAUUAUGAUACAUGAACAUUCAUUAAAAUUGACAGAAAUUGGACCGAAAUAUCCACAUGAAUUUAAACAAAUUAUGAACAGUAAUACAACAUAUAGUGAUUGUCUGAAAAAAGCUAUUCAUCAUCAAGGAAGAAAGACUACCACCACCACCACGAAUCUUCAUGAUACAAUGGACAAUGAUUCAAAAAUGAAUUCAUCUUUAUCACAACAACAGAGAAAUUCCAAUGAAAAUCAAACCAUUAAACUUAAAGUUGAUUUUAGUAAUUAUAAAUGAUGAUGAAGAUUUGUUUACGAAUCAAUAAAAUUCUUUUCGAUGAUUCUCAA